AUGAUUUGUGAUGCUGAACAAGAACCAUGUGGUGUUGGAAGAGUAUUUGAUGCACAAGUUGCUAUAAUUGAACACAAAUUAAUUAUAUGUCCUGGUUAUACAGCUGUUCUUCGUAUUCAUGCAACAGCUGUUGAAGUUCAAUUAAAAAAAUUAAUAACUUUAAUUGACCGUAAAACAGGUGAACGAACACAAAAACAUCCACGUUUUAUUAAACAAAAUCAAGUUGCAAUUGCAAGAUUUGAAUUAACUCAAUCAAGUCAAACAAUAUGUAUGGAACCAUUUAAACGUUUUCCUCAACUUGGUCGAUUCACAUUACGUGAUGAAGGUCGAACCGUUGUUGUUGGCAAAGUUCUUAAAAUAGUCGAUUAUUUAUUAACAUUAAAAACUCGAAAUGAUAAUUUACAAUAUCGAAUUCAUAUUGAACCUCGUCUAACACCACAAAAUAUUGCUGAUAUUGAAAGUGUUUGUAGUCUUGAUUAUACUUCAUCAUAUAUCAAUUGGUCAAUUGUAAAAACAACAAAUGAUAAAAAUCAAUUUCAAGUCAAACAAUGGAAUUCAUUAGAAGUUAAUCUUGAUAGAAAAUAUAAUUUUAUCAAGGCAUUUAAUCAAUUAUCCGAUAGUCUUUCAAAACUUCCAUUAAAUGAUGCAGAUGUUCUUCUUGUUGAACAAUCAAUUUAUCGUUAUCCGAAUUUAAAAUUAGCAACAUAUAUAUCACAAAUACAACAAAUUCGUGCUAUUUUAAAUACAUUACUUCAUUGUCAUUCCAAAUCAAAACGUUCAGUUUAUCAUAUUUCAGGAAGAGAUGUUGCUUUACAUUUUGGAUUAUUUGUUGAUAGUGAAAUGGAAAAUAUUGUUGUUCAACAAGAUAUAGCACAAAAGAAGCAAAUAGUUAACAUUUUGUUCUGUGGUCAUGUUGGUUGCGGAAAAAAAAUGAUUCAGAAACAACUUAGGGAUGGUUCCUAUAAAAAAGAAACAGAACAACGAACAACUGUUGGAACUGAUCGAAUUUUUUUUGAAACUGAAACAAAACAUAUUAUUAGUCAAGGUCAAGUUAGCUUUACUCGUGAAAACGAAUAUGGCUUUUACGAAAAAUCAACAGCAGCUGAUGUUGUUAUUUUUGUUAUUUCAGCUACACCAUCGCAAUGGCAAUACUAUUGUGAAUAUGAAAGAUUUCGAGAAUAUCCUGUGUUAGCUAAAAUAGCUGGUGUUCGUUAUUUAGUUGUUCUUAUUAAUAAAAUGGAUGAUCCAACUGUUAAUUGGGAUCAAGCAAUAUAUGAAGAAAUUAAAGAUAAACUUUCA